UAAUUGUCUGUUAGAAGCAUCAAAUGUAUUGUGUGAUAAUGUAUUGGUUUAUUAAAAUAUUAGGACUAUUUUCCUUAGUUCUUUGUAACGUUACUCCAUCACGAAUAGUGAAUUUGACUCAAGGUCCCGUGCGUGGGUAUAAAGAUAAAAAUUUAGACGUAUUUGUUUUUUACGGUAUUCCUUAUGCAACAGCGCCAACCGGCCAGGACAAGUUCAAGGCUCCGCUGCCGCCACCAAUAUGGAAUGAAAUAUUUGAGGCUGUGGAUAGAAAAGUUAUAUGUCCGCAAAGCAAUUUCUUUCAUAUAAUAACCAAUCAAAAAAUCACCACUCUAAUUCCUAUAGAAGACUGUCUAGUUGCAAAUGUUUAUGUACCUGAAACAAUUGAAGAUAAACUUCCAGUGGUUGUAUUCGUUCAUGGUGGAGCUUUUUCCGUAGGAUGGGGAGAUUUAUUCACUCCUAAGAAAGUUGUAAGCAGCAAAAGGAUUAUUGCAGUUACGUUUAAUUAUAGAUUAGGGGCACACGGAUUUCUUUGUUUAGGCACAAAAGAUGUACCAGGCAAUGCUGGAAUGAAAGAUCAGGUUGCUCUUUUGCGGUGGGUAGAAGAGAAUAUUGUUAGUUUUGGUGGUAAUCCUCAUGAUGUUACAAUAUCUGGCUACAGCGCUGGAUCUACCGCUGUCGAUCUACUUUCAAUAUCACAAAUGGCAGUGGGUUUAUUUAAAAAGGUAAUUCCAGAAAGUGGUUCUAACACAGCCUCUUUAGGUUGUCAGUCAGACCCUAUCAAACAAGCAAAAAUAUAUGCAAAGAUGUUGAAUUUUCAUAAUGUAGAUGAUUUUGAUGCCCUGGAAGAUUUUUACAAAACUGUGCCUAUAGAAAUUUUAAAUUCAGCUGACCCUGUAAACAGAACUGACUCAUUAAUUUUGAUGACACCCUGUGUGGAGCGUGACGUGGGUGAGGAAAGAUUUCUAGAGGAUAGUCCAGUCAAUGUCUUGAAAAGUGGCGACUUUCCAAAAUAUCGUAUGCUUUAUGGUUUUAGUGAUAAGGAAGGAUCGAUGCGUAUAAUGUUUUUUGACUCUUGGAAACAUCUGAUGAAUGAGAAAUUUUCGAAUUUUUUACCAAGUGAUUUGGAAUUUAAAGAUGAAAAAGAAAGGGAAGCUGUAGCUAACAGGAUAAGACGUUUCUAUUUUGGUGACGACUUAAUAGGAAACGAACAUAUAUUGCCAUACGUAGACCUAUUUUCAGAUAUUUUUUUCGUAUAUCCUAUGCUGAGAACUGUGAAAUACCAAGUACAAGCUGGCAAUGAUCAAAUAUAUCUGUACGAGUAUUCGUACGUUGAGGCUGAUACGCCUGUCAUACCGUACACCACAGUUCGUGGUGCGCCUCAUUGUGCUCAAACAGCUACCUUUUUUGAUGGUCUAUGGGAUGGCAUUGAAGAAGAUGAAAAACGUAUAUCAUUAGAAAAACAAGAAUUAAAAAAGUUUAUUCGAGAAAUUUGGUUAAACUUUAUAACAACAGGAAAACCUACAGCUACCAAUCUGCCGAAUUGGCCGCCAGUGGGCGCAGACUGGUCACCGUAUAUGGCUCUUAAUAAAACAGUACAACUAAUGAGUCAUCCUAUUAAAGAAAGAGCUUUGUUAUGGGAUAGCAUUUAUGACAAAUACUAUCGUUAUCCUGUAGCCCCGAAUCCGCCACGCAAUACCGCAGAGAAAUUCCCAAUAGAGUUAUGAUGGAGAGUUCAAGUUUAGUUUUAAUAUCAUGUGUACCCACUUAAUUAAAUUUAUAAGCAGACUCAUUGAUAUUGUAUUAAAGUUUUCCCUUUCGAAAAUAUGUGUUGAAAAACAGGACAAAAAAAAAAGGACGAAAACAGAACUAAAAUUAGCUGUUGAUUAGAGCAAUUCUAGAGUACCUACGCUUCAGCCUGUAAUAUUCCACUACUGGGCAUAGGCCUCUUUCGCCAUAUUGGGGAAGGAUCAGAGUUUAUUAAAUUCAAUGCGCAUCAUUUACUUUGUCAAUAGCCUAAAUUUUGCAAAUAAAAUCUUUUUUCUUUCACAA